UGGUGGCAGAGAGAAAGUCUCAGACACGUCAAGGUCAGCUCGCAUAUCGAGCUGUGUGACAGUUUUCAUCUGUCGGAAUCGACUCCCUGUCGCUUAUUGUGCCUUAAUGCGGAAUGAAUUAAUUCACAAACUUUUGCCAGGUGUCAGAAAGAAGAGAGGUUGCUGUGCUGUCCUGUUUUGAUGUCAACUGUCUUUAACCUAGUGGAAUCGUGUCUUCAGCCGAGUCAAACCAUAUCGAGUUGUCCACUGACCGUGAACCCCGGCAGUUCAAGGAUCUUGAUAUAUAUGAAGUCAUUUAUUCCCAGUCUUUUUAGUGCAAGUUUACUGAGCUCACCGAAUCAAUACUGCGUGGAUUCUGUCUGAAUGUCUGCAAUUUUUUUUGAUAGAUCGGGCGCGUGUAAAUCAUUCAAUUUGUACGAUUAUUGCGAGGAUGGAGGAGUGUGUUGUGCUAGAAUUGAAGGACAUAGAGAACAAGGUGGGACGCAAGGUUCCCGAGAGCCUGCUGCGGUCACUGCGAGAGAAUCAGCAGGGCCUGUACAAGGAAGAGAAAGUCGCUCUUUCAAACACGGGGACACUAAGUAACUGCAGCGCGCUGGAGAGACUGGAGACUAAGAUUCAGAUAUUGAAGCGAGACAUGGCUCGCCUCAGGGCAAUCGAUGUUAAAUUGAUGCAUCAGUUAUUGUCCAUCAACGAAGGUAUUGAAUCGAUUAAGUGGAUGAUGGAGGAGAAAGGCAAUGUGACAAGCAGGGGGAGCAGCUUGACGAGCAGUCUGUAUAGCUUGGCGGAAAGCCAGAGCACUUCACUCCAAGGCAGCUGGAAUAGCCUGCAAGAUGGCAGUGAUGGGCUUGAUGAAAUCUCUGUGGGGAGCUACCUGGACACGCUGGCUGACUUGCCAGGUCACUGCACAUCCUCUGACUUAGAUCCCUUCUCGGACGAAUGUGUAACAGCAGAUUCACUUACCGGUGAAUCUAUCAAUAAGGAAUCCAGAAAUGAUUCUGAUGAUGGAUAUUAUUAUUUUGGAUAAAUUAUGUGAAGAAAGAUUUUUUUGCAUCUACAAACAAAUGGAUGAAAUUAUUGUUCACCCUUUCGUUAUAUAUCACCCUCGUUGGGACAAUGUUUAAUAGCAGUCGAGCUGAUAUCGAUCAUUUCGCACUACUACCCAAACUCAAAUACGCUGCAUAAAGUCCUUGUGACCCUGUUGUCAAGUCCAUUUUGAAAUUUGUAUAUUUGUACAUUCUUCUUCCCUGUCCCCUCUCUUUGAAAAGAGGGAUUAUAUUUGCUACUUACCAGGUCAAUGAAUUUUUUCCUGAAUCUCUGAAAUUUUGGAAAAUUAACUCUGAAGUAUCUACUACCUCAUUAGGCACUUUCUUAAGAACUGAGGAUGAUGUCUCUCUAGUCAAUUUGUACCUCCUUCAGUUCACUCAGUACCCCUUCCCUGGUGAUAGUAAUUUUACAAAGUUCUUAUAGGUUUUCCACCCCUGGUUCAAAGCUCUGCUGGGAUUUCUUUUCUUUUUGCAAUCUUUACUGUGAGGUCAGAACCGAAACAGUUGCUCAUUCUGCCAUUUUAUUAUUAAUUAAUUUCCCAUUCACACUCUCUCGAGGUCCAACAGUGACGUUAUCUGCACUCUUCCAUUUUAAAUUACCUGUGGAACCUCCCUCCUUUAUCCAUUUUUACAUUUUUUAGCUAGUUUCCUUCCAUAUUCUAACUUCUCCUCCCCCCCCCCCACCCCCCCGAUUUAAUCCACAAGUCAUUAUUGGCAGUUAUUUUAUAAUCUGUACAACGAUCUCAUUGCUCAUCAUUGUGCAAUUAUGCACGUUUUUGACAAGUAUUAUGCUUCCCUUCACUUAUUUAGUUAACUACAGAUAGUCGAUCCUCUGGAUUUUUACUUUAUAAAAGGAAUAUACUUACGAGGAGUAUUCAAAAAUAACCGUUUAAUUAUGUGCAACUAUUUCUCUAUUGAUCUAUCUCCUGACCUAAUAUGCCUGUUUGCUUCAACUAGCUCAGUUUUCAUUUCCAAAUAGUUGUCCUUAUCUAAAUUUAAAGUACUAAUCUGAGACCCAUUCUUUUCUUAUUUUUUAAUCUGGGUGUAAAAUUCAGUAACAUUGUGAUUCCAAAGUUUGGUUAAACCGAAUUUUGAAUAAAGGUUUUGGGCAUGUGAUGCAGGACGUAACUCGUCAACAGGAGAUAAAACUGGAACAGUUUAGCCGAUACUCGUGAUAAUGAGGUGUACAAAAUUUAAAGGGGAAUACAUCAGAUGAAUGUGUGUAGUCCUUUUCCCAGGGAUGGAGAAUUGAAAACUAGAAAGCAUAGGUUUAAGGUGAGGGGGAAAAAUUUAAGAAGGACUUGAACAAGGUCUUCAUGCAGAGAGUGGUGCGUAUAUGGAAUGGGCUUCCAGUGACAGUGAUUGAGGCAAAUACACUAGCAACACUUAAAAAAACACUUGGAUAGGUACAUGGAUGGAAAACAUUUAAAUGGAUAUGGACCAAAUAUGAGCAAUUAGAACAGGCUGAGUUGAUGGCAUGGACCAGUGUGGGCUGAAGGGCCUGUUUCCAUGCUGCCUUACUCUAUGAUUCUAUGCCUUUUCCCUGAGAUAAUUAAUCAAUCCUGUCACAUUAUACAAUACCAAAUCUGUUAUAAUCUACUGACUGUUCUGGAACUGAACAUAAUGAUCUAAGAACCUCUCAAUCAUUCUGUGAACAUCUCAUUCAGCCUACCAUUGCCAGUCUGAUUUUUCCAGUUCAUAUGUACAUUAAAUUCACCAAUGAUCAUUGCUGUAAUAAACACAUUUUAAGCUCAGUUAAUAGAAUUGCACUAGCUUGCCACUAUUGAAUACAUCAAGAACUAGUUUUCAUUGGUAAGUAAAGAGCAAGAAUUACAUCUGUUAAACUGUUUUAUUGUGCUGGCCCAUGGGGGUAGUUUUACGUUUGCAGUUAUAGAACAUAGAACAAUACAGCACAGAACAGGCCCUUCGGCCCUUGAUGUUGUGCCAACCUGUGAAGUAAAAAAUAUUCUCAGAAUAAAGGGGUGCAAAAAGAAAUCAAGCAAAAAAUUUGCAUUGCAUAAUUUCGAAUUUUGAGUGCAGUUUGCCAUAUGUGGCCAGAAGAAGCAACUCUUAAACUAUUAAUUUAAAUUUGCAGUGAAACUUUCCUUUAUGUCCGUGCAAGGUAAGCAAAAAAAACUGUGCAAUAGCAAAUAGGCCCAUCCGCUGGUCUUGUUUAUUAUAAAUUUGCAACAACAAAAUGGAAGGGUCUUUUAUGAUGUCUCAAUGCACAACUGAAUGACAGUGUAGGUCACUUAUGAACUCAAUUAAAUUCAAACUUUAUCAACAAAGUAAUAAAUUACCUGUAUUUUCACAAGUGUGACAGGCUUUUUAAAUUAUACUUGAAACCAUUUCAAAGUGUUUCAGUGUUAUAGUCAUGUGCUAAUACUAGAGAUAUUAUCUAUCUGUUUGAGUUGAGACAGUCAAGGGCACUCUUUAUAAAGGUAUAAACCAUGCGAGUGUACAAGUCCUGCAUUUGUACCCUGAAUUAAAAAUGCCAUAAAAAUGAGUCACGUUUAAUGUCCAAUGACUCUGAGAAAUGUGAUUUUUGACGGUCUGUCGCCAGAUUGUUGGAGAUGCAACACAGGAAUAGGCUGUUCAGCUCCUCAAUCCUGUUUGCCAUUGAAUUAGAUCAUGGCUGAUCAGUGGACUAAUUUCAUAUGACUGCCUUUAGCCUAUAUUCCUUAAUACCGGUGCUUGACAGUACUUUCUCAUAAUUUAAAUUAACAAUUGAUGCAGGAAAAACUGCUAAUUAUAACAUUCCUGCUAAAAGGUCUGCCCUAAUUUUUAGAGAAUGCCCACUACUUCUAGAAUUCCCAAUAGUUUGAGAUAGUUAGAAAUAGUUUGAGUAUCCACCUUAUCGUUUCCUGACACUAAUUUGAAGACUUCAGUCAGAUUAUCCCUAACCUUCUAAGUUCUAGAGAAAACAGGCCUAAUUUGUCUAAUCUCUUAUCGUAACUUAGCCCUUGAAGACCAGAUAUCAUUCUUGUAAACCUGCAUUAUCCUUCCUUCAAGGCCAAUAUGUCCUUCCUAAGAUAUGGUAUCGAGAUCCAAGUGACUUGCUCACAGUACACCAAGGGGGGGUCCAAACAGGAUUUUGUAUAGUUUCAGCAUAACUAAUGCAUCCUUGUACACCAGACUUCUAAAUGUAAAGACCAGCAUUCCAUUAGUUUUCUUGAUUAUUUUGUACACCUGUUUGUGGCAUUUUAACAAUCUAUGCACCUGAAUCCUAAGAUUUGUUUGGACACCCUGUGUAUUUAACAUCAUACCAUCUAGAAAGUACCCUAAUGAAUCCUUCUUAAGUCCAAAAAUGGAUAACCUCACGCUUGCGUAGAAAUCCAUCUGCUACAGUGUUGCCCACUCCCUUAAUUUAUCAAUUUUCCAAUUUUAUGCUGCCAUCUACACUGUCUGCAAUGCCCACUAGAAUUUGGAACUAUGAACAUGGAACAUAGAACAUAGAACAGUACAGCACAGAACAGGCCCUUCAGCCCACAAUGUUGUGCUGACCAUUGGUCCGCAUGUAUGCACCCUCAAAUUUCUGUGACCAUAUACAUGUCCAGCAGUCUCUUAAAUGACCCCAAUGACCUUGCUUCCACAACUGCUGCUGGCAACGCAUUCCAUGCUCUCUCAACUCUCUGUGUAAAGAACCCGCCUCUGACAUCCCCUCUAUACUUUCCUCCAACCAGCUUAAAACUAUGACCCCUCGUGCUAGCCAUUUCUGCCCUGGGAAAUAGUCUCUGGCUAUCAACUCUAUCUAUGCCUCUCAUUAUCUUGUAUACCUCAAUUAGGUCCCCUCUCCUCCUCCUUUUCUCCAAUGAAAAGAGACCGAGCUCAGGCAACCUCUCUUCAUAAGAUAAGCCCUCCAGCCCAGGCAGCAUCCUGGUAAACCUCCUCUGAACCCUCUCCAAAGCAUCCACAUCUUUCCUAUAAUAGGAAUAUUUCCUAUGUAUUAAAGUUUACAGCCAAUCUGCAAAUUACAUCAUUUAAUUAAAAACUACAUGGUUGCAUUGGCAUCAGGAAGGUAAACAUAUUUAUUAUGUGUUAAAUUACUCUAAAAAUGUAGUAUAGUCGGCUCUGCUAUAAUGCAUAUUCCAGCAACGUGAAUUGGCUAUAACACAACUGAUGAAUAGGAGAAUGCUGUUUCUAAAAAGUGAAUUUGUAUUGGAAGUAACGCAAUCCUACCACUGCGCGGAGGAGUAUGCGUUGACAUCACGAUUGUUUGCAGGCUUUGUAAUGUUAGAAAGGCAAAGGAAUCUCCAUGCUGGCUUAAGCCUAUAGUAGUGUAUAAGUCUACGAACCCGCGAGCCUUGAAAGACUACCUUAAAUCUCCUCUAGGUGUCUAUUUUAGGACAUGCAAAAGAGGUUCGAUAACAGGACAAUUUUUUUCUGACCUUAUUGAUGUUUUGGAAGAUACUUUUAGGAAGUAUUACUGGACGAAAAAUCGGAUUUCAAGAUUCUCCUCAUCUUGGAAUAAUAAUGCCAAGCCAUCCUCCCACCAUUGAUGAGCUUUCUGAAAACAGAGUGGUAUUUCCAUCCCUUAACACAAUCUCUCUCCUUUAACCCAUUCACCAAAGUGCAAUAGCAGCUUUUAAAGCUUAUUAUUUAAGGCACACUUUUUUAAGAGUCUGAUUGCAUCCACUGAGGAGGAUAAGAACUUUUUUUUUCAGUUUUUUGUAAGAGCUUUAACAUCAAGAAUGCAAUUGAUGUUAUCGUGGAGGCCUGGGGUGAUGUCAGUAAGGACUGUUUGCCUGCAGUUUGGCAGAAGCUUCCUCCAGAUUUUUUUUUCAAGAUUUUAAAGGCUUUAACCUGUCAGAGGAGCUCCCAAGAAUCAAAGAACAUUGUGUUGAUCUUGCAAAGUGAGUUAGAUUUGAAGAAGUGGAGAGUGAGGAUGUUGAAAAAUUGCUUGAAUCCCACUGAGAUGGCCUCUCUACAGCUUAUCUACAACAACUUUGUCACUGAGCGGUAAGUGGAAGCUGGAGAUGAAGAAGUUGUAGUCCAGGAUGCAGCAUCCCAAAAGCUUUCCACUUCUAUUUCAUCUUCUGUCUUGAGGGAAAUUGAGAAGUUGCAGCUCUUAGAGGACAAUGACUGCAAUGCCGAAAGCAGCAGGGUAGCAGUUCAUGGAAUAAGAUCUUAUUUGGCAUCCCAUGAACAGCUUCUUUAUGAAAGAAGAGAAAGAGCAAAGCAGCAAAAACUGGAUUUUUUUUUUAAGGCAACCCCCAAGAAACAGUCAGAAGACAUUGAACCGUGCCUGCCCACUUCUGGAUUAACAAUUUUUCACUGUGACCCUGCAAGCACAACUGUACCUGAAGGUGACGAUAAUGAUAACCGUGACCCUCAACCCCUGCAUUAACAACACAGCAACCUCAAAAUCUCCUCUCCCAUCAAGUCAUCUUUACAUUUUUUUAAAGAAAGAAAAGUCCCCACAGCAGAACAGAAAGAGUCAAGGUAUAAGUGGACUGACUAACAUUUGGUUUGUCAAUUCUUAUGUGUAAAGCGUACUGACUCUGUCCAUUUCAAAGAGCUGACUGAUUGUGCCCAAGCCCCUGGACUGGCAUCGAAGUCUACCCUUGACUUACUGUGCAGGAUCCCUGAUUUCUUCCUUGAUUUGACUGAAGCUUGCUAACAACCAUGACAAGCUUUGAGGCUUUGUAAUCUGUCAGGAUGAGUGGAACUACUAGGUUGAGUUAAAAUUAGUAAUUUUUUAGGAUUUAAUUGCUCUCAGCAAAAUAUUGUUUACAUUUCUAUGGGGUCUUCAUCUUCAUCUUCAGCAAUUUAGAUCUUAAGCCUGAAAACAAAGAGCUCUGAACUGAAACCAGUUUAGCUAAAUAUUCCACUUUUAGGUGGGACCAGGAGUAAUCUCUGUCUUGAUCACUCUAUGACUGCACAAAUUCAAAAAUAGAGAAUUCUGCUGGUCCUGUGGUGUUGAUGCAUGGAUUCUGGAGCAGAUAGGCAGCGUACCUUUUACUACAGUUAGAUUAUAUCAAUACAUAUGAAUUUUCCAGUAUAAAUGUCCUCAUUAUUACCUCAAUGGUGGCAGUUUAUGAAAAGGUAAGGAACAAUGAGACCUUAGUGUCAUGGUGAAACAGUCGCUGAAGUUUGGUAUAUUGGUACAGCAGGUGAUGAGGAAAGCUAGUGACAUGCUGGCAUUAACAGUGAGUAUAGGAGUAGGGAUGUCUUUCUGCAGUUAUACAGGGCCUUGUUGAGGCCUUAUCUUGGGUAUUGUGUGCAGUUUUGGCCUCCUAGUCUGAGGAAGGACAUUCUUGCUACUCAGGGAGUCCAGCAAAGAUUUAGCAGACUGGAUCAAUUUGGCUUGCACUCGAUGGAAUUUAGAAAAACCAGGGGGUAGCUCAUAGAAACAUAAAAUUCCGAGGUGACAGGACAGGCUAGAUGCAGGAAGAAUGUUCCAGAUGUUUGGUAAGUGCAGACUUAAGGUCACAGUCUAAGAAUAAGAGGUAAGCCAAACAGGACUGAGAUGAGGAAGAAUUUCUUCACUCAGAGAAUUGUGAACCUGUGGAGCUCUCUACCACAGAAAGCUGUUGGGGCCAGUUUGUUAGAUAUAUUCAAGAGGAAAAUGAACUUGGCCCUUUCAGCUAAAGGGAUCAAUGGGUAUUAAGAGAAAGCAGGAGUGGGAUACUGAAAUUGCAUGAUCAUCCAUGAUCAUAUUGACUGAUGAUGCAGACUUGAAGGGCCAAUGGCCUAUUCCUGCACUUAUUUUUCUAUGUGUCUAUUUCACAUCACAAUGUAAUUGAGUCAGUGCAGUGUUUGGUAGUCAAGCAGCCAUAGUCCAUACUACAAUUCCAAAAAUUAGCUGUAAUAUCAGACAGCUUAGAACCAAGAUGACAGGCAGGAUUUUAUAGAGAACAGAGAACCAUUGGCUACAAUGACAUCUGUGGAAGAAUUGGCUAACAAGUGCAUCAAGGGUCAUCUCAAAAUUGAAAACAUCUUGCUCCAUCUUUCUUGCUUUUCAUAAGCGGUGUGGCAAGAUUAUCUUAAGGUCGUUGGAGUACGCCAACUAGACUUGAGAGGCGGAAAAAGAUUCCCAUAGGCAAGAAAACAAAAUGGUAGACCAAUUUGGAGCCAUGGGACCAUUUGAUGAAGAGACAGAAAGUUGGAUACACCACAGUGAACAUUUUGAUACACAUUUAAAGGCAAAUAAGGUGUUUGAAAACAUAAUAGUACCAGUUUUCUUGAUUAACAUCAGAAGCAACCAGAGAAAUCCUCUGAGAAGAUAUUACAAGAGUUAUGCAAAUUGUUGGGAAAUUACUUUGAAACAAAGCCAAUAAUCAUUUUGGGAUGUUUCCAUUCUUAUGGAAGGGUACAGCCCAAAGGCAACUUUUGAAAUUGCUGCCUUGAUGGAGCUGGCCACCAGUGAAAUAACACAGUUGAGUGAUGAUGCUCGGGCACAUAAAAUAGCAGAAACAUGGCAAAGCAGACUACUAACUGUAAAAUUCCAUUGAUGGGGCAAGUGUAGCCACAGGGAAUCAACAAGUUGGCCCCAAGAAACAUUGUGCUGCAGGUACCAGCAGGUGGACCAUAUUACUUGAAAUUUCUAAGUACAAUUUAAGGAAGAGAAGUGGUAUCGAAAGGACACAAUUCAGAGGACAAGGCAUAAGGUAUAUGUCUCCAGUGAGGGAGUAGACAGGGAGCCAAUGGUGUCUACAGGAGAAGCAGCAAGCCCAGUGAGCAGAGUUUUGGUUAAACACCCAGCUCGAGUGAAGCUGAUCAUUUCUGGGUUCUUUGAAAGGCAAGGGUUUAAUAUAAUCUGCUUCAAUAGUAAGAAAUAGUGGUUUCUUAAUCAGACAUGGAAAAUACUAAAUAAUAAACCAAUUUAUCAAAUGUCCUGUUAAAAAGAAGGAUUGUGACUACAUUAAUUAAUAAAUACAUUUCUCUAUGUUGAAUACCAAUUGGAAGAAGCACAAAAGACGACAAGGACAUAGAAUGUAUUCCAGGUUUGGGAAUUCAAAGUCCAUCACUAAGAAGUUACUCAGCUGAAUAAUUACUAAUCAAAUCCUAAAAGACUGGGCUUGAAAUCAAUGGAAUGGAAGCCAAAAAGUUGGUAAAAGCUGUUUCACCUUUCCUUUGUUGAAUAAUCUGUCUCAGAUGUGUCUGUGCCUCUGUCCAAGAAGGUAUUGAUAGGAUUCACACAGCUUGGUCUUCGUGAAGAUGAAGACUCACCUUCACAUCAAAAAUACCAUCCACUGUGUUCUGUUGCGUUAGCAGCUUGCUUACUAGAAUAUAUUCAGAACAAAUCUACCAUUUUAAAACCUGGCCUCCAUAAGAUAUGGAUGGACUGGUAGGAAUUGACAGAAAUAAGUACCUGGUGCCAUCCAGCAAUGACAAAACAGUUUGGCAUUAUCAGAUUGGUUGGAAUUUAAUGCAGCCUCGAAAAUUUAACACUUCAGGAUCAUAACCUUAUAAACGUAAUACAAAUUAUGACUAUUUUC